AUGAAACUGAGCCGUCAGUUCACAGUAUUCGGCAGUGCGGUCUUCUGCGUGGUGAUUUUCUCCCUGUACCUGAUGCUGGACCGCGGCCACUUCGACCACCCGAAGAGCCCCCGGCGGGAGGGCACCUUCCCCAAGGGGCAGCUUUCAAUAUUGCAAGAAAAAAUAGAUCACUUAGAACGCCUUUUGGCAGAAAAUAAUGAGAUUAUUUCCAAUAUACGAGAUUCUGUGAUCAAUCUGAGUGAAUCAGUAAAGGAUGGCCAAAAAAAUCCAGAAGCUAUAAACUUCAGCCAAGGAUCUGUCUCUGAGAUCUUUCCUUCUGCUUCGGUUUUGCUUGCAGUUGAUUCUCAGGAUUGUUUGUUUGCUUCAAAGAGUGGAAGUCAUGGUUCAGAUGUACAGAUGCUGGAUGUCUAUGACGUUCUUCCUUUUGAUAACCCAGAUGGUGGUGUGUGGAAACAAGGAUUUGAUAUUACAUACAAUGAAAAUGAAUGGGACAGUGAACCACUACAAGUAUUUGUUGUACCUCAUUCACACAAUGACCCAGGUUGGCUAAAGACUUUUGAUGAUUACUUCAGAGAUCAGACACAACAUAUCUUAAAUAAUAUGGUUAUAAAACUGCAAGAAGACAACCAAAGGAAAUUUAUAUGGUCUGAGAUUUCUUACUUUUCAAAAUGGUGGGAUGGAAUAGAUAGCCAAAAAAAGGAUGCUGUUAAAAGGUUAAUAAAAGAUGGACAACUUGAAAUAGUAACAGGAGGAUGGGUCAUGCCUGAUGAAGCCUCUACUCAUUAUUUUGCUUUAAUUGAUCAACUGAUAGAAGGACAUCAGUGGCUAGAAAAGAACCUUGGAUUGAAACCGAAGUCUGGUUGGGCAAUUGAUCCUUUUGGGCAUUCACCAACAAUGGCCUACCUUCUGAAACGCACGGGAUUUUCCAAUAUGCUCAUACAGAGAGUUCAUUACUCUGUUAAAAAACAUUUUGCAACACAGAAGACACUAGAAUUUUUUUGGAGACAGAAUUGGGAUUUGGGAUCCAGUACAGAUAUCCUUUGUCAUAUGAUGCCUUUCUAUAGCUACGAUGUUCCUCAUACUUGUGGUCCUGAUCCAAAAAUCUGCUGCCAGUUUGAUUUCAAGCGUCUUCCUGGAGGAAGAGUAAGCUGUCCAUGGAGAGUUCCACCAGAAGCCAUUCAUGCUGGAAACGUUCAACACAGGGCUUGGAUGAUUUUAGAUCAAUACAGAAAGAAGUCAAAGCUCUUCCGUACUAAAGUUCUGUUGGCUCCACUAGGGGAUGAUUUCCGCUAUGCUGAGAGUUCAGAAUGGGAUCAGCAGUACCAGAAUUAUCAGAAGCUGUUUGAUUAUAUGAAUUCCCAUCCUGACUGGCAUGUUAAGGCCCAGUUUGGAACUUUAUCAGAUUACUUUGAAGCUCUACGAAAAGAAAGCAAUUUGGGUGAAAAGCACAGCAAUUCCUUUUUUCCUAUUUUAAGUGGGGACUUCUUCACCUAUGCAGACAGAGAUCAUCAUUACUGGAGUGGAUACUUUACAUCACGACCCUUCUAUAAACAACUGGAUAGAGUUCUGGAAUCCUACUUACGGGCAGCUGAAAUCCUCUACUCCUUGGCUUUGGCAGAGUCCAGCAAAAAUGAAAUGAUGAGUGUAUUUCCAUCAGUGAAUAACUAUAAAUUGCUGAUAGAAGCUAGGAGGAACCUUGGACUUUUUCAGCAUCAUGAUGCUAUUACAGGAACAUCUAAAGAUUGGGUAGUUGUGGAUUAUGGCACUAGGCUCUUUCAUUCAAUAAUGAAUUUGAAGAAAGUGAUAAUUGACUCUGCUCAUAUUCUCAUCCUAAAGGAUAAAGGUGCUUAUAGUUAUGACACAUCAACUCCAUUCCUGAAGAUGGAUGAUGUUCAGUCUUCACAAGAUUCUUUGCCACGCAAGACAAUUAUAAAGCUGACGUCACAACCAAGGUACCUCUUGGUAUAUAAUCCUAUGGAACAAGAACGAUUUUCAGUGGUUUCAGUUAAUGUAAAUUCACCCAGAGUUAAAUUAUUAUCUCCUUUGGGAAAACCUGUUACUGUCCAAAUUAGUGCUCUUUGGGAUGGAGCAACUACAGUAUCACAUGAAGCAUAUCAGAUCUCAUUUGUGGCGCAUCUACCACCUCUGGGGCUUGGAGUUUACCAGCUUUUGGAGGUUCAGAGUUCAGAAUCAGUUUUAGCAGACUAUACUAUAUACAUGAAGAAUAGUAGGCAGGAGAAACUAGACAGACUUUUCAAGAUAAAAGAGAUGGAGAAUUCUGUGGACAAUAUAAUCUUAGAAAAUUCUUACAUGAAAUUAUGGUUUUCUGGAAUGUCUGGAUUACUGGAGAAAAUAAAUACCAAAGAAGAUGAUAAAAAUCAUCAAAUGAAGAUGGAAUUUGCCUGGUAUGGAACUACAAGUAACCGGGAUAAAAGUGGAGCUUACCUCUUUUUACCAGAUGGAGAUGCCAAGCCUUAUAUUUUUACAGAUCCCCCUAUCAUAAGAGUUGCUCAUGGAAGAAUUUUCUCAGAAGUUGUAUGUUUUUUCCACCAUGUGACACAUACCAUGCGACUAUACAAGGUCCAGGGUUUGGAAGGCCAGUCUCUUGAAGUUUCCAAUAUUGUGGAUAUUAGAGGAGAAUAUAAUCGUGAGCUUGCAAUGAGGAUUUCAUCUGACAUAAACAGUCAAAACAGAUUCUAUACUGAUCUUAAUGGAUAUCAGAUCCAGCCCAGACUGACGAUGAGCAAAUUGCCUGUCCAAGCAAAUAUCUAUCCGAUGACUACAAUGGCUUAUAUCCAGGAUGUUGGCAUUCGUUUGACACUUCAUUCAGCUCAGUCUCUAGGUGUUGCAAGCAUGAAAAAUGGUCAGUUGGAAGUGAUCAUGGAUCGUCGACUUAUGCAGGAUGACAACCGUGGCCUUGGACAAGGAGUCCAAGAUAACAAGAUUACAGCUAAUCUCUUUCGACUUCUAUUGGAAAGAAGACAUGGAACAGAUGUGAAUGAAGAGAAGACAUCAGUCAGUUUUCCAUCACUUCUUGGCCAUAUGACUUCUUCUUUUUUAAAUUAUCCUUUAAUUCCAAUGACAACAUAUUCUGAUUCAGGUGUUCCAGAGAUGCUAAAUACCUUUUCUCCACUCAUGUCAUCCAUGCCUUGUGACAUGCACAUAGUCAAUCUGAGGACAAUCCAAUCAAAGGUAGAUACUGAGCCAUCUAAUGAAGCUGCUCUGAUUCUUCACAGAAAGGGAUUUGACUGUAGAUUUUCAAAUAGAGACAUGGGUCUGUUCUGUUCCACUACUCAGGGAAAGAUAAAGAUGCAUAAACUUUUUAACAAAUUCAGAGUGGAAAGUCUUACACCAGUAUCUUUAUCGUUGAUGCAUUCACCUCUGGAUGCCAGAAAUAUAAGUGAAGUAAAUAUGAGUUCUAUGGAGAUAAAUACAUUCCGGAUUCGGCUAAGAUGAAGUCUGUCUUUAGUACUCAGAUACAGAAGAGGAAUCUGCAAUUUUGUCUCCUCUCAGUUUC